UUGUUCGGCGCUUCUAUGAAACGUGCGCCGUAGCAUGACACAACCAUAUGCAGUUAGCUUCUAGCAAGGAAAGUAUUGAAUAGGAAUCCCCUAUGAUGGGGAUUCCAUUUAACCUAAUUUAAACAUAUAUUACGUUGAUUACGUUCGCUUACAAACAUAUCACAGAAAACAACUUGUUUUGAAGUAGCUACUAAGCUAUUCAAAUAUGGAUCAUCAUUCUAUUUCUACAUGUAAAAAAGUCGUCGCAGAGGUAAUCUUGGAAUGAUAAACUUCGCUUGCAAUAACUUUUACUGUCUUAAGGUUUAAGGGUCUUUUAGAUUUUGAUUUUACUUUUACUUAAACAAUUUCAGCGAAAUUCAGGACAGUUACGGAUCUCGCAAAGAGAAGCUAAGAUAAAAAUUUUUGUUUAUUUUUAGGAGUGGAUGAUGGGAGCAUUAAGUCGCAAAGUACAGCUAGAGUUAAGAAGUAAGUAUUUAAAAGAAAACGGAGAAAAUGAGCUUCCGCCCCCUCCGAGCUACAGGGACGCAAUUGGCCAAACAGUCUUUACAAUUGACGGAUUUUGCGCUAGCAGAGAUACACAGAAUGUCUCGACUUCCAGCAACGAAGAUGUCAUAGACAUUCAAGGUGCAACUACUGACCAUGAAGGUCAAGAUUCAUCCGUUGCGGUUGAGGUAGAAACUUCAGAUCAGGUAAACCAAAGAACGUUGGAGAAUCGGAAAAAGUGCUCCAAGGAUAAAAGUGCUGUAGCAGUUUUCUUGACAUUCAUAUUUUUGCUGUCAGUAACAUGCAUUUACAUGGGUUCAACGUACCUUUUCGUUUGUCCAGCUUUCAUGCCUAUAUUGACUCUGUACCUUGGCGCAUAUGGUUUGCUUGUGAUUUUCGGAAUUGCUAUCCAGAAUAAACUCAAGCAUAAAAUGGAAAAAGUUACAAGCUGUUGCUGUCUGUUCGGAGGUAUGUUGGCCUUUCUUGUCAUGGUCAUUCUGUCAUACGCUAGCUGGGGAGGACCAAGACCUAAUACUUUGGAGCAUAUUCCGUCAGUGUAUGAGACAAAAAAUGGAACUUUAAACUGCCAUCAGACAUUUGUAGACUUCACCAGAGGCAUUACUUUGUCUUUAGAUAUAUUCUGUGUUCUAGUGUUCUGUUUUAUAUUCUUUUCCCCCUGUAUCUUGAGAGACGACUGAUUCACGAUCAGAUUAAAAAGCAUACCAGAAGAAAGUUAUACAACUCAUCCCUGUGUGCCAUCAAGCCAUGGUUUGAUGUCGGGCUCUAGGCCUUAAAUCCCUAUUCUGUGGCAGAUGGAAGACAUAAAGAAAUCAGCGCCAUGUAUUGUAGAUUUCUUUAAAGCAGCAACCAUACAAUUGAUCAUCUUGCACUUGAAUAAAGUGUGUUGAAUUCCCAAAAGUUUCCAGUCCUCACCCUGAACCAGUAACAUUCUCCGUCGACACGCCAAAGGGUACCGUUGACACCGCAAAAUGGCUAUAGUAUAGCACCAUGUAGCAUCGCCACUUGUGAUUGUUUUCUUUUUCUCAACUUUUCCUACUGUUUGCCGGUGAAUUUGGCAUGUAUGGUGGUACCAUCUCACCUAAAAUGCAAUUGUAAUCAAUAAGGACAUAGAUAAGCGAAAACAGUAAUUAAUAUAAAUUAGAUGCUGCCCCGUUGAAAUUAUGGCAUAUAAAUACAGUAGUUAAACUAGCUUGAUAAACCCGAUCUUCCAAGGGGGUCGUUCUUAAUGAAAGUUCUCCUGUAUUAACUGGAAUAUCAUUCCAAGCCUUAAUGCCUGAGUAAUGAAAUCCUUUUUUGGUGGAUUCAAAGUUUAGCUUAGGAAUAAGACGAUCUCUAUAAUUUCUUGUAAUAUAGUUUGAUAUAGAACACCUUUGUUGGAACAUAUUCCACAAGCUUUCAAGGCAUUGUUUAUCUACAACUUAUUUACCAUAACCUAGCGAUCAAAUCAAAUAAGAUGCACAACGCUUAGUCAUUUUUUAGGCCAUGAAUAAUUAAACUUUGCGCGCUGUAUAAUUGAUAGUGUGCUGUUUUGGAAAAAUGUUGAUGCGCUUAAAAUUCGGAUGAAGAUAUGGUGCCCCAUAUUACGUGUCCAUGGCGUAGGUGACUCUCAAAAAGAGCGUGAUGUACGUCUGAUAAACCACCUACUUACUUUUCUAUCAGUGAUUCAUAUUGGUUCUUCUAUAAUUAUUUCAGAUAAU